CUCGCGCUCUAUAAAAUUCCCCGCAGCCGCUCGCGCUCACACAACUUUAAUCCCAGAGCGCGCACACGGAGAGAAUGAGAAUGAGCGCGUGCGACACGCCGCGGGCUGUCAUGAGACUCCGCAUGUUCUUUGUCGUGUCCUUCGCCUGGGCUUACCACGAAACCCCCAGGUACCAGCACCGUGACCCCGUCACCUCGGAGCUCCUGCUGUGUGAUCAGUGUCCCCCAGGCACAGCGGUGGAACGUCACUGCACGUCGGACUCGGCCACCGUGUGCGCUCCGUGUCCGGAGCGGCGCUUUGCUGAGCAGUGGCACUGGGGCGAGAGCUGCCAACACUGCACCCCCGUCUGCAAGGAGAGACAGUUCGUCAAGAGGGAGUGUAACGCCACAUACAACCGACUCUGCGAGUGUGUACAGGGAUACCACCUCACUGUGGAGUUCUGCGUACCCCACAGUGCCUGUCCGCCGGGAUCCGGGGUCUCCGUACCCGGUACUCCUGAUAGUGACACGGUGUGUGAGAAGUGUCCACAGGGCUUUUUCUCCAGCGUGGCGUCGGCCACCGAGCGCUGCGUUCCUCACCAAGACUGCUCACAGCUUGGCAUGAAGACGCGGAACCCUGGCACUGCCACUCAGGACACGGUGUGUGACAGAGAACCCGCCAUCGACUGCACUCGCAAACACACCGACUGCCGUGCCGACAUCACGCUGUGUGAGGAGGCCAUGUUCCAGUCCCUGCUAUCUCCUCCUCUGGUCUCUGUGGAUCUUCUUUUGGAGAGCCUUCCUGGCCGUAAAGUGGACAAGAAGAGCAUGGAGCCGCUGAAGAAGAAGUGCAGCCCCGAGCAGCAGGCCCUGCAUCUCCUGCGGCUUUGGAGGGAGCAGAACAAAGACCAGGGGAAGCUCCACAGCGUCAUACAUGGUUUGGACCACUGUGAGAGGAAGGUGUCUCGGUGUGCUGGUCUGAGGAACGUGACGCUGGAGGACCUGCUGGUGCUGAUGGACAGUCUGCCCGGGGAGAAGGUGAGCGAGGAGGCAGUACGGGCGCUGGCGCUCUCCUGCCCUACGCACCGCCACGUGGCACAGUUACUGCACCUCUGGAAGAGCCAGAACGCCAGCCGGGACCUGGCCAAAGCUCUGAAGCACAGCGUGCGGCAGUUACGCUCUCGGAACGCCCCGAAGACGCUCCUGCGCGCGAUCAAGCGCAUCAGCUGCGUCAUUAACGCUUCCGCACCCCGGCUGUACGAAAAGCUCCUCACCGGCGCGCUCCGAGACACCACGUGCUUCAAAACCAAACCGUAUAAUGACUGAAAACCUGGAGGUGGCGCCACACAAGGCCGGGCCUGAAGGUCACACGAAGGACAAACGAAGAGAAGACUUAUUUAAUAAGAGUUGUACAUAAUCUUUGGGCAGAAACUGCGAUGACGGGGCGGGGUGGGAUCGGAUUCGGGAGUUUUCGCUACACUACACUACACGACACGAGACGAGACGAGACGAGAGAAGAAAAUAUUUUUGUGGCCUGUUGGGUUUUUUUUUCCUUUCCUGUUGUAGGACUGCUUUUUACUGACGCUGUAAAAAAUAAAUGAAAUAAGGAAUGUCGGUUAUGAAUGUACAGUAAAAAUGGAGUGCAAUUACGUUUUAUUUAAUUGUAAUCUUGUGUGUUCAGGUGUGUGUGUCAACCAAAUUUGCUUCAAAUGUUUCUAUUUAUCAAAUAUUUGUCAGAAAAACUGGACUCUUGAAGCUACAUUUAUGUACUUUAGAUGCAAGGUCAUUUAAAAAAAAUGUUUUAUACUUGUGCCUUUUGUUUUUACGUCAGUUGUUGUUGUUGUUGUUGUUUUCACUUUGCAUUAACGUGUUUUAAAAGCGUGGUUGUUUGAAUUUUAAAAUUUUAUAUACGAGUGCCACUAUUCCUACAGCCUGACUUAAAUAUAGUGUUGUGUUUCCAAA